UUCAAACCCUUUCUUCCUUCUCUUUCUUCUUUCUUUUCUCCUGUUUUCAACAUUUUCCUUCUCUGUUGCCAAUCCCAAUAUCAUUCACCCUUUUCAAGAUGAACAGCUUUCUGUCUUGGACGAUGGAUUGGGCACAAGAAGGAAUAGCAUUAAGGUCGCUGAUGAGGAAACCUCUAUCAAAAAUGCAACCUAUUUGAUAUUGGCAGCAGAGAGGACUCACAGAAGAGACCCUCUUACUGAUUACCAUUAUUACAAUGGUGGUUGGAAUAUUACCGAUCCACAUUAUAUAUUUUCGACAGGUUUUGCUUCCAUGGGUCCUUUCCUCGUUGCCUCUUUAUGGUUCAUCUUGUUUGGACUAUGGUUAUUUUUCAUGUGUAUCACUUGUUGUUGUUGCUGCUGUGCUCGCAAAACUUAUGGCUAUAACCAAUCUGCCUACAUCUUGUCCCUCGUUUUGCUCUGCCUUUUCACUCUUGCAGUCCAAAUGGGAAGUGUGUUUAUAUUCGUUGGUGAAGAGAGAUUCGAGUCAAGCGUUGUUAGUGUAAUGAUGUAUGUUCUGGAUAGAGCAGACACCACCAUCAUUAACCUUAAAAACUUGUUUGAUCAUAUGAUGGCUGUUAAGGAUGUUGGGAUUGGAGACCUCACUUUACCUGAUGAACAAAAGCGUGAAAUUGAUCUACUUGGGUUUACAAUCGAUGAAUUGUAUCGCACUUUUCGCUCUGUUACUUCCCAGGACAAAACUGAAAUAAUAGACUUAUUAGAUCCCCUGAAGCAAAUGCUCAUUUCCGUUGCUAUUACCGUGGUUCUUUUAGCGGUGUUUGGGUUCCUAUUUUCGGUUACUGGAGCUAACUGUCUUAUGUACACCUUAGUAAUAAUGGGGUGGAUUAUUGUAACGGUAACAUUUAUUCUGUGUGGCAUAUUUCUUGUGGUUAACAACCUGAUUGGAGACACGUGUGUGGCGAUGAGGGAGUGGCAGCUGAAUCCAACGGCAGAUUCAGCUCUGGAGAAUAUAAUCCCAAAGGUAGACAACGAAACUACUCAUAUGAUUCUGGCUGCGACCAUGAAUGUUACAUAUGGAGUGGUUGAGGUGGCCAAUUCAUAUAUUUUAACCGUCUCCAAUGUUGAUAAUAUUACACCUGAUGAGGGGCCACUGUAUUAUAAUCAAUCUGGUCCGUUCAUGCCACUUCUAUGUAACCCUUACAGCAGAGAUUAUACUGAUGAUAUGCAGCAUUGUGGACCAGGUGAAGUUGACUUCAAGAAUGCAUCAGAUGCAUGGAGUAAAUACGUGUGCGAAGUUACAUGGGAUGGGAAUUAUUGCGUCACCCCAGGGCGGCUAACACCGCGGGCUUACAAACAGCUCAUAACACUGGUGAACGCUUGCAAAGGUCUGUAUGAUGGGAUUCCAUUUGUGUUGGAGCUAAUGAAUGGCACAUUUCUCACAAAAACACUUGAGGAUUUGAGUAUAGUAUACUGUUCUCAUCUGGAUGAAUACUCGCUGUGGGUGUACGCCGGCCUCAAAACAUGCGCCACUGCUCUCAUGCUCGCCUUGCUGCAAUGGUUGACUCAUUCUGGACACCGAAGGCGACGAGAAUAUACAAAGAAACUUGAUGCUGCUGCGGCUAUCUAUUGGAAUUCUCAUGCUGCUUAAUUAGCAUGCAAUCAGGGGCGGAUCCAGUGUGGGGCAGU